AUGUCGUCUGCCGUUUCACCUGAGAAUCGGGCACACACACAUAAUCUCUGGUUUCUGUCAAUAUUGAGCUGGGCAUGUACUGCUGGACUGGCAUAUAUUGCGUCCCAAUUACCCACGUUCGACUCUUCCUCACGCACACUGCUGGACUCCUCCGGCUCCUGGUGGACGUACCGCCUUGCGGAACCACUGCUACGAUGGGAUUCGUUUCACUUCUCUCACAUCGCGCAACAUGGAUAUGUGUACGAGUAUGAGUGGGCGUUCUUGCCUGGCACGCCGCUGGUGAUGCGAGCUUGCGCUAACCUGCUCCGUCUGCUCAGAGUAGGCAGCUCGAGCGGCAGUGACACGGUCAAUCUGGAGCAAGUCUUGCUUGGUGGAUCCUUGGCGGCCUGCUUGAGCGGGAGUGUGACUACGAUGUAUCGUCUGACUUUACACCACAUGCGCUCACCAACGCUCGCAUUCCUCGCUGCUCUGCUGUCUCUGCUUCCCAGCAGCCCGGCGACUCUGCGCCUGGCAGGAUAUACCGAGCCUUUCUUCACAUAUCUGACAUAUAAAGGCGAGCUUCCGUCCCAAUGGUUCUUCGCCGCUCUCUUCUUUGCUCUCGCUGGCUCGUUCCGUUCUAAUGGCAUAAUGUUGAGCGGGUUCAUUAUUUGGGGCAUGCUCGUCGAACCGUUUCUCUCUUAUCAGAAGAUCACAAGCAGGAGGAUCCUGUACACAACCAUAUUAACAGCAUUGAUCUUCCUGCCCUUCGUUUCUCAUCAAUAUGCCGCAUACCGCGCGUUUUGUAAACGAGACACCGUAUCGGCCGAAUGGUGUUUCCGCGUGCCGCCGUUGAUCUACAGCUACGUCCAAGCAGAAUACUGGAAUGUCGGUUUCCUCCGAUAUUGGACCUUCCAGCAGCUCCCGAACUUCCUCAUUUCGGCUCCGGUUCUAUUGUUGCUCCUCUCCUUCUCAGCAUAUUACAUGAGACAUGCCCUCAUCCCCCGCCUGCUUAACCUUCUCCAUCCCAAGAAUUCGCACACAGAAGACGGAUCAAUUGCACACCCACAAGCAGAGUCCCCUUUCCUCUCACCCUCGCUCGCACCGCACGCCAUCCACGCACUACUACUCACGCUCCUGCUGCUUUUUGCGGCGCACACGCAAAUCAUCCUGCGACUGGCCGCCUCUAUGCCUUUUACGUAUUGGGCGGCAGCAUGGCUGAUCGUCGAGCAUCCGAAAUGGGGGAAGGCCUGGGUGGCCUGGAGCGUCAUCUGGGGGACGAUCUCCGUCGUGUUAUGGGCGACAUUCUUGCCGCCUGCGUAG